CACUUCUCCUCGCCUUCACCAAACUAGCGGCUUGAGGCGUAGCUCGGAAACGCAAACUAUUUGUCUGCUCCUCUCCUUGUGUUUCCUACCUACCUAAAUCAGGGACAUCGACCCCGUAGUCCAAGCCACCUCUUUUCGGACUUGUGCCGGUGUCCGCGACUGCUCAAUUACCCGUCGUCUCCUGCCCUUUCCCCCCAAGCCUAUUCUUCAUCUUUUUCAUUGCGAGAAUAAUACUGCCACUCUUCGUUCUUCUCCAUUCUUCACACCCCCCCCUUUUUCUUCUUCUUUUGCUUUACCUAUCUUCUCUCGACUUGUCACUGCACUUGUGCUUUUGACCUUGACGAAUUUCGCCCCCAAGGUGUGCGAUUUCUGCAACUGGUUGCACUAAAUCAUACACAUACACCACUUUCAUCAUCACCUUUACUCGUCCACCACAAUCAUACAACCGAAUACAACCCUUCUUAUCGCUUCAAUACAUCACCGCUUUUGCGACCUACGCCAAAUUGUCAUUCACAAAGUCAAUCGCACCGAUUCCCUCACCCAGACCGACGCUGUCUCAAAUGGCCGAGCCUGCCAAGUAUCAUGGCGGCCUCGUCGCCUUCGAGGGUCCCACCGACCUGGUCUCUACUCAGCUUCGCUUACUGCCUACGUCCUCGCAAAUAGCGGUUCUUCCCAGCGUCAAGGAGUUUCUAGAGCCCGAAAACCCCGAUGAGCCGUUUGAUGCGCGAGUGUUUGUCAGGAGAGUUCACAAUGCUGUCGCUAAAAGAAGAGAGGCCGCGUUGGCGUUUCUGAAGGACUCAACACCCACGCACAAAAGAUUGGUCUUUAUGAACGGAGGCACACCAAGUGCGCAGACAGUCUGCAUCAGGGCCAUAUCGCGGAAUGUCGUGGAUGGCGACAUUGCCAAGGCAGAGGCCAUCUUCAACGACCUUGUCAAAGGGGGCGUCGCAGGCCUCGACCAGCAUCCCGUCAGUGUUAGGGGCUCUGUCAACGCAUCCGAGCAACUUCCCGAAGAUCCCAUUACAAGAGCCAUGCGUGCCGCCGACGCCCUCGAUCGCGAGACUGAAAACCUCCAGCCUUCCAGCGACAUCGACCUCACCAUUCCCCCCGCGCGCCCGAGGAGCAUGAGCCUUCCCAUGUACUGUUUCGCCGACACAUUCGGUGAUACCGCGCCAUUCUAUGUUUUCGGCAGACAGUACUACGAGGACAGUGGCCGGCAUGAAGAGGUCCCCACGGCGGUUGCUCAACGGGAUGGCCCAACGCCAACCUUGGCCAUUACGAAUUUCGAUGAGCUUGAGAAGUUUUCGGGUGAAGGGUUUGACAGUGAUGGCAAUCCAAUCCCACCGGCGCUUCCUCGCUCUCCGAGUUGCGCGGGCGAGGUUUACGAACGUGAAGACGAGUGCUCGACACCAUCGCCCAACGCUAGCGCCAUGCUGGAUGUGGCAUCGGGGUCUGAUGUGUUCAGCAUCCGCUCGACAGAGUCGAUCUUCAUCGAACAAGCAUCGCUCGUCCGUAUGAACUCAACCACCUCGACCAGGAGACUGAAACGGUCACAGUCCAUUGGCCAACUCCAACGAACCAACUCGCGCUACCGGGACACCAUGAUGCUACUGAAGCCCCAAGAGAAGUCUCUUGCCGAGAUGGUCACUGUCGGAAAGCUCGACAGCGGCCGUCCUGUAUCUGUCAUUGGUCUCAUAGCAGAGGCAAGACGACGUGAGAACAAGGAAAAGAAUGUUGAAGGCGCCAAGGUUGUCGAGGGCGCCAAAACCGUAUACGUCAAAGGCACCCGAACAAACAAGGUUCUGCCGCCACCGCCGGCCGAGGCGAAGACUCGAAAACACAUCCGUACCAAGACAAACUAUGUGGACAGAGGGACAGACGCACAGGACGACACAGAAAUCGAAGAUAAUUUCGAGCCUGUCCUGCCGUUCCACGAAGAUCUUGUCAUUCACUUCAAGGAUGACAGCCCUGACCCCAUUCUGGAGUAUAUGAUCAAGGCAUUCAGAGAAGGUGUCUAUCCAGUCGCACCGCCCCCUCCUGCGGUUUCCUCCAACACUUCUGUUGCAGACGGCGACGUAUCAGCUCCGCAUACUCCCACGUCACAAUCAAGCGAGUCUCAGACGACACUAUUUACUUCUGCAACCGCUACCAAUGGAGAGGAGUACGAUCCGUUCUCCUACGAGAGCACCACUUACGCUGAGAAGCCGCUUCCCCCCAUUUCACAGACAAUGACAGGCUCAGCGUUACCGACGCCUGCACACACACCUCCCCCCACGUUUUCGGAGCCGGAGGAUAAGUUCCACGACUUCAAUGCUGUGCAAGGGCAGACGGCUGUGGCCAUGCAGAACUCGCUUCGAUCAGUGCUUAACAUCUACUUUCCACCCAAGGGAAGGGGGUACUCGCAGUUCAACUUCCCUUUACUGCCCGAGAUGGAGGGACUUUGGAAGCCAAUCUUCCGCGACUCGGAGUCGGGCGGCGGCCCGAGGAGGGAGAAUCGCCGGAUUGACCAGAUUCUGGCUGUCGGCGCGCAACGUGGGGUCAAGAAGACGUUCAUUUCAGGGGUGACGAGCCAGCUUGAGAGGUUGGGCACCAAGUCGAAUGGCGUCUCGCGGACAGGAAGGCUUGACUUCCGAUACCUCAUCGCCAACGCGAUGCAGUCGUUCACUGCGCAGCCUCUGGCGAACCAGACACAUGACAAUCCUUUCACGAACUCGUACAUUUUGGCGACCCUCAUCAUCCCUCAUCUUGAGACGUACUUUGCUGCCCACUCGGAAGUACGGUUUCUGCUUCUUGACUACCCUCCCGACCAUCUUGCCACCAUACUUGCUCUGCAGAAGCUGAUUGGGGCCGACAUGAUGAAAGUUGCCCAAGUUAUUGAUGCUACUGCCAAGGAGCCACAUCCUUUCACUCACGUCCGCGGCAGCUCACUUGGAAGGGUCUCGACGAGGAGUGAUUUCGCCUCUAGUUCAAGCUCGCUCCAGUCGAAGGAUUCCAAGUCGGCCGCGUCUGUGUCUUCGCGGGAUGCAUUUGCGGUAUCAAAGGCCAACCUCCUUCUCACGUCGAAUGCAACCCCCGGGGAAGUCGCUACUUUUGUAUCGACCAUAUGGAAUAUUCUCAUCAACGUUUCCAAGUUCUACUUGCCCGAAAGGGGAUCGAGAAGCGAUGGCAGAAUGAAAUCGGGCACCUCGUCACCUCUCUCGCAGAUGGCCAUGAGUCCUCCGAUUUCCCCCCCUUCCUCCAGAGGCAGAAAAAGCAACAAGACAUCGGGUUCAAUUAAGGCUCCAGCUAAGCCCCCCUCUAUCGCAGAGACCAUUAUGAGCCGCCGUCUGAGGUCCCGGUGCGGCGACAAGAGGUCUCUGUUGGGCGAUGGCGGGUCCAUUAUGACCGUCGACAUGGAGUUUGAGAGCGAUCUGGAGCUCGAAGAAAAGCGUUUGAUGCCCAUGUUUCUGAAGAGAAGCUACGAACGCAAAGGCAACAGCCGCAAGGCUUUGAAGUUUCUGGGGUUGGCAUGAGACUCGGCGAUCUUUGUACAUUAUAGUGUAUGUUGAAAGAGCCCGCUGGGUGGCUCUGCACCGUUUCUUUCUCUGGAUGACCGUCACGACGUCUCACAUUUGUCUUUAAUAUCAUGGGCUGGUGGAGUAAAGGAGUGCUAGGAUUUCACAUGGGGAGGAUGGCCGAGGCUAUAUCGUGUCACAAGUGGGAGUGAGCAUCAUCUUGUUGAUGUGGAUGAUAGGUGAUAGUUGA